AUGAACGACGAUGCAUCUUCGCCGGGCAGCCUAAGCUCGCCCCCGCACUCGCCUGAACAGGGCACUCCAGCGUCAACCAUACGCGCAUCUGCAGGUGGUGUUGGUGUUGGGGCUAGCACCCCAACCCCUGCAACUGCGUCUCCAGCGCCACGCGGUCUAACUGCCCGUGGUGAGCCUCGCAAGAAGCCAGGUCCCAAGCCAAAGAAUAAAGAUCCAGCCGCGCCCGAGCCAGAGAAGAAGACCAGAAAGCCCCGUAAGUCGGAGCCUAAAGAUCCCAAUGCCGUGCCUGUGCAACGUAAGAGACGGACCAAGGCCUCGCUCGAGGCACAGGCACAACCAGCACCACAGGUCGUCGAGGAAAAACCGCCUGUGCAGCUGUCGCCCACUCCACAGCCAGGACCCAGUGAUUCGGUUCCUGCCUUGAACCCAGAACAGCCGCCUGUUGUCUCACUAUCUCGCGUCUUGAGCAACCCAGAGCCGACGCUGCACAGUAACCCAAACCUGUCCCACAUGAGUGCUGUCCCCUCAACACCACGGCCAUCGAGCUCAGGCCAGCGCUAUGAUCCUAUCAGGGGUGGUAUUAUAGAGUCGAAGCCUCAAGCCCCGGCAAAUGCGCCCCCGCCUGUCUCCCCGCAGAUGAAUCAUCGUGCGAGUGCCUCGCCAUCCAUUACCAGUCUGAUCGAUCCGCCGUCUGCUAGCAAUUCCUUCUAUUCACACCCUGCCAAGCUCCAACAACAAGCGUCAGUCACUUCGGCGCCUGUGUCACCUGCUGCUUUCACCACACGGCCCGCCUCGCUCCUGCCUUCCCAAGACUUCCACUCGCCACACCUUCAACAACAUCAACUACAAGCACCCCCUCAGGCACAGCCUUAUCCCGCCGCACCGUCAGAGCCAACUCUCAUGGACAUUGACACUGAGCCUGCCAAGCACGUAUCUGUUCCAAUGACAAAGUCAACUUCUACCACCUCCGCUACCCACUCGCAAUCCAAUGCGCCCACUCCACCCGCCAAGGCUGUCCGCCAGAAGGAGGCUCCGCCGCCACUGCCUACCGGUAGUGGACUGUUGUCGGGAACGCCUUUUGGCCCUGUAGCGAACACAAACGGCGCAUCAGAGACACAAGGCACCAACAUCUACCUCAAUUUCGAUGUCAACGGACGCGACAAUGUUACUAUCAACGUCGCCCAGGAGGUCGAGAAGAAGUACGGCUUUGCUGCUCUACAUCCCCGUAUAGCUGCCCGUAAGGAACGCCAGCGCCAGAUCAACGCGGCCGGCGCCGCACUCGAGCGUGCUGCAGGAGGUGGCUCAAAUGACGAUCAGUCUGUCGAUCUGUCUGAGAACGAGAGUAACGUGGAGAUGGGAGGCAUGGACGAUGAUGCAUCCGCAAAGGAGAACGGGGGCAAGAAGCGACGCAAGCGCAAGCAAGAGGACUACGACAAGGAGGACGACUUCAUCGACGAUACUGAACUCGCCUGGGAACAGCAAGCGCUGAUGGCCAAGGAUGGUUUCUUUGUUUACAGUGGCCCCCUCGUCACCGAAGAGAAGCAGACCGUUGAGAGGGCGGAUGGCACCAUUAGGCGCGGACGAGGACGUGGCCGCGGCGGUACGCUGCGAGGCGAGACGUCAGGUAGAGGCCGAGGACGUGGCGGAGGUCCUGGCUCCCGUGGCGGCUCUACUGUGCGCAAACCUCGCGUUACCAAGGCUGACCGUGCGAUGAUGGAGCAAGAGAAGGCAGCUAGGGAAACUCUGGCCCAAACUAUUGCAACCAAGCAGCCUCUCUCCACUCCAACUCUUGCUGGCCAUGCUAGUGCAGUGUAG